CAAUGCUCCAUAGCAACAUCAGUACCAGCGGAGGAGCGCUAAUAGCGGACGCCCUGGGAUAAAUAUCCUGAGAAUAUCUGAAACAGGUGCUGCAUGCUGACAGCAUGGACGACCAGAAGGAGUCACUGAGAAAGAUUAUCACUACGUUGGCCCAAAAGAAUGAAGAAAUUCAGAACUUCAUCUGUUGUCUAAAGCAGAAUCUAGAGAACCUAGAGGCAAACUCAAACCGAGCGCAGGAGGAUCUGGAGUCAGAGUUUAGUUCUCUGCAUGCUGUGCUGGAAGAAUUGAAAGAGGGCAUGGUGACACGCAUCAAGCAGGAAAGAGCCAGCCGCACAUAUGAGCUACAGAGCCAGCUGAGCGCAUGCACCAAAGCCCUAGAGAGCUCAGAGGAGCUGCUGGAAUUAGCCAAUCAGACGCUCUGCUCAUCCGGGAAUGACAGCUUCACUCGGGCGGCCAAAGACAUAAAGGAUAGUGUGACUAUGGCUCCAGCGUUUCGGCUGUCCCUGAAAGCAAAGGCCAGCGACAGUAUGAAUCACAUGAUGGUGGACUUCACUCAGGAAAGAAACAUGCUAAAGGCCAUCACAUUUCUUCCAGUGCCUGCCACACCAGAAAUUCUCGUGGCAGAAUGCCAGGUGUUUGAUAACACAGUCACAGUGGUGUGGACCUUACCUGAAGCUGACUCCAAAAUCGACCACUACAUCCUGGAGUAUCGGAGAACCAAUCAUGAAGGUCCCCCUCGGGCUCGAGAAGACUAUCCCUGGAUGGUGAUGGAAGGGAUAAAAGAAACUGAGUACACACUCACAGGCCUUCGUUUUGACACGCGUUACAUGACCUUUAGAGUGAAGGCGUGCAAUAAAGCUGUGGCGGGUGAAUUCUCAGAGCCAGUUUCUCUGGAAACACAUGCAUUCGUCUUUAAACUUGACGCAGGUUCAUCCCAUCAGAACCUGAAGGUGGAGGACCUCAGCGUGGAAUGGGACAGCAGUGGUGGGAAGGUCCAGGACAUCCGUAAAGAAAAGAACCGGACCAACUCUCCCAUGCAUUCUCCUGCAAGGACAGCCAUGAUGUCCCCCAAAAGAGCUCCAUCUGCUAGAGUGGGCCGAGACCGCUUCACAGCAGAGUCUUACACUGUUCUGGGAGACACCAUGAUCGAUGCCGGGCAGCAUUACUGGGAGGUACGGUUUGAUAAGGAGAGUAAGGCGUUUGCAGUUGGGAUCGCUUUGCGGUCUCUAGGUCGCUUUGAUCAGCUGGGGAAGAGUAAUGCCUCCUGGUGCAUCCACCUGAACAACUGGCUUCAGCAGAGCUUCACAGCCAAGCACAACAAUAAAGCCAGAACACUGGACUGCCCCAUUCCGGACCGUAUCGGCAUUUACUGCAACUACGAAGAGGGCACAUUGUCUUUUUACAACUCCAGAACCAAAACUCUCCUUCAUACCUUCAGAACCAAGUUCCAGCAGCCUGUAAUACCAGCCUUUAUGGUGUGGAAUGGGAGUUUCUCAGUGCAGACGGGCCUUCAGGUACCCAGUAUCGUGUUGAGCGGUCAGAAGAGAAACAGCAAUACUAGCAGCUCUAAUGCCAGCCUUACCUAGAUCAUACUUCAUUGAUAAACAUCUAGAACUGCUACAUGUAUGCACAGGGUUGGAGAACACCUGGCUAACCCUGACACAACACUGGCGCAACAAGCCUGGAGGCUCUUCCUAUCAUCACUAUGUCAUGCCAGCCCAGGGGGAGAGCUGCUCUAGUUUGCCUUCCUCAUUCCUUUUAGCUCACUGGUCUGGAUUCUGUGCCUUUCAGUGUCCUGAAUUAAGACAUGAUGGGGUAUUACUCUUGUUCAACACUCAAUGAGCUUUCAUGUGUAUAUCACUAGGGCCAAACGUUGUAUUGAUGUUAGCAUCCAAACCACAGUAUUUGAACCACAUUUGAACAGUUAUUUCAAUGCAACAGCAGCAUGUCUGAAAUCUCAGAUGAAACUGUAUUAUAUUCACACACUGAAUGUCUUAAAUGAUAUGCCUCGAAUUCUGCUACAGUAGCUGCUUCCGUAAACAAACCUUUUUAAACUUACACUUAGUAUCAGAGUAGCACAAUAAUCUUAAGCUAAAUCGUCAAAUGCCUUUUAUAGAAUGUAUUAAUUCAGCAGUUCCAGCAUCUGAGGGAGGAGGCAGGUUUAACUAACCAUUUGUGUCUAUGUUAAUGAUCUGUCACCCGAAAAAGGUACAUUUUCAGUGUUCUUGAUGCAAAUAUUUACCAGAAUUUACUUUUCCGUAUGCCUGCUGCAAUUACAUAUUACAGAGACUGAUUUUUUUUUUUUGCCAUAUUGCGGUCCUCUUAAAAGGGAUAGUUCACCCAAAAAUAAAAAUUCCAUCAUUUACUCAUCCUUAAGUUGUUCCAAACCUAUAUGACUUUGUUUUGAUCGUAAAGUCAAGUCAAUAUUCCCCUUAAAGGUGCAGUAAGCAAUUUCAACCUAAACAAACACACCCUUCCCUUCAUUGCUCCGCCCCUAAAAUGCAGGAACUCUUUAUCAUAGCUGAAACGAAACAAAUGUAUGCUUAGUGAAAAAUAAAACAAGGUUGAUGAAUGAGCGACAAGGAAGAACAAAGAAUUAACAUGCAGCACACAAGAGUAUAUACAAGCAAGAGAUCGUUGUUAAGGUCCUUGCAUAAUGAACCCGAAAUUUUCAUGUUUUUUCAUAUUUAUCAUCCUAAAAAUUGGUCACGCACAGAAACCUUGCACACUGAGAAUGAUGCGUAUUAAACCGUUGCGAAAAAAAAAACAACAACAAAAGAUUUUCACAAAAAAAUACUUAAUUGAUUCAAGCAGUGAGGAUGAUUUUGUUGUCCUCUCUCUUCUUAAAAUGAGAAAACGAAAUUUUUGGGUCCAUGCCCAAAGAGGAAGGAGAGUUCCACCUACUUAUCAAGGACAAGGAGCUGCGGGAUUGUCCCGAGCGAUUCAGAGUUUACUUCAGGAUGUCAGUGGCUCAGUUUAAUGCUUUGCUAGCGAUACUGGAGCUACAUAUUAAAAAGAAGACAAUCAAUUUCAGUGAACCAGUUGAUCCUGUACGGUGGCUGUGAGUCUGAAUUGUCAAAACGCCCGUCAAAAUGCUUGCUACUGAUGCGAAAAAUGCAGAAAAUGUAAUCCGAUCAGAAUUUUUAUUAUUACGGAUAAGUUUUGGAGGCAGUGUGUAAAUGCAAUUCACACAUUGUGAAGUUGUAUUUAUUUUUUAACGUGGUUAUUAUAUCUGGUUAUUAUAUCUAACAUUACAACAACAGUAUAUCUUGGUUUUGUGAAACACAGCAAACCCAAUGUUACUCUCCCUCUUUCUCCUCCCCCAUCGUGAGUGGACACGCCCCCUACUGCCGAUUGGCUACUGUGUUUUGUGGCACUUACUGCACCUUUAAGUGAACGGUUAAUUCAAACCACUGGAAAUGGAUCAUUGGUACAUUUAAACUCCGGAACAAAAUUAGUCUAAAUCAUAAUUUUCCAAUUCAUUGACAAGAGCCGAUUCAAAAUUAUGAUUCAUUCAUGAAUUGGACAUCGCUCCUACUUUAAUUAAUUCUCCAAAGAGAUCUAGGAUUUUUUUUUUAAUUUAAAGACAAAUUAAAUUUCAGCCUGUUAAUCACACAAAGCUAUCAAAUGAAUAUCCCACUCAUGCUGGUUUCAAAUGAUUUGUAAAGCCAGAAAGCUCCAUGUUGUAAUUGCAUUGAAAAGAGCAAUCUCAAAAGAAAGCCAGUCAUUCAGUUUUGACGCAACACGAGGGUGAGUAAGCUAAUGUGAUAUAAUCUGCAAUGCUUUUAAUCAAACAUCUGAACAUUUGAAACAUUUCUGUCUAAAGAAAGUCAAAUUGUAAAGUCACACUAUAACACUAUACCCGUUACGUCAAUAAAACAAAUGCCAAACAUUCUUGUCUUGCACAUCCGCACAAGGAAAAAAGUAUGACACAGUGUACUUUUUUUUCCCGUGAUCAUUGUAUUGUUCUAAAAAUACAUAGAAUAAAACAUGUCAUGUUUUAACAGGAACAGAAAGACAACAUUCGUUUGAUCCGUUUCUCUAUCUGGAGAAAGAAGACCCGCAACUUCCUCACAUAGUAAAGUCAGAGUAUAAUUCAUCAUAUCACCAACAACCCUUAUUUUAGCAAGCCUGAUAUUUUUUUAUAUCAGAAGCAGAGAAACGAGACAUAGACCAGCUAAUACAUAGGCAUUCAAGACAAAACAUUUAUUUGUGACUUUUCACAUGAAUAAUCAGUAACGCUUCCUUUUACAGUACAGUACUUGCGCGUACUUGCAGUGUACUUAC